AUGCCUUUUUCGCCGUUUGUCGUGUACGGCCCGGGCAUCGGGGAAGACCGGAAGGAGGGCCAGCUCUGGCGGUUCUGCGAAUAUUUGACCGACAAGGCCUUUAACUUCACCAUCCACGAGGGUAGUGGUAAUCCUGCAGCCAAUGUGGUGCCGGGCGUUUGCGAGCUGUGGGAGUUCCCCGGAUACUACGCCACGUUCCUUAAGGAUUAUCCGAUCGUCUUUGGACUCGCCUUCGACUACAACGGAUGUUCUUCCGCGACCGACAAGCAUAGGAAUGGGAUCAACAUGCCGGACUAUGGCACCAGCGAUUGCUAUCACGCCUUCGAGUCACUGCUUGUGGAGAAGUGUAUCUUCACAAACGACGUGAUGGCUCAGAUGAAAAUGGGCAAAUAUCCCGUAAUCGGCGGGAUGCUAUUCAAGGACUGUAUGCGCUGGACGGUCAUGGCACCGAGACACGACCUAGCACCACCACCACUCCAUUAG